AUCCUUUUUUUGGAAGGUUGCAGGGCCCUGGAAACGCCUGGACACACCUAACAAACGCCUCUAGCAGGGCGUGAUCUCCUUUGGCAGGGCAUCUUUCUGGGACGCCGAGUCUCGAAGCUCCAUUCAAGCUCCAUUCGAGCUCCAUCUCCUCGGCCUUGGAAAUGGCCUCCAAAGGCGGUGUCUUUGUCUGGGCGGCUGUGGCCCAGGCGCCGACAUACGGAGCUCUUAUUCGCUUGGAGCUCCUAUUUGCUUGGAGCUCUUAUUUGCUUGGUGUGUUCGUUUCGUUCGGGUCUUCGGUCCCCGGACCCUGGCGAGUGAUCUCCGAUCUUACACUGCGCUGGCUGCAUUACGAUGCUGAUGGAUGUGAAUAUGCUCCGGAGCUUCCAUCUCCAACCCUCGUACCGCCAGCGCCUCACAGUGCCGGAUUCCGCCUGACGUCAACUGAUCGUACAUGGCACAUGCUAGACUUGCUCGACUACGACGAAGCCGCCUUCUCGUCUCGCCAAGAUGCAUGGCCCUGUUCCGUGUGCAGACCCAAGUGAGCCGGGGUGAGCCGGGGUCGAUGACCCCGAUGCCGUUGUCCGGACGAUAUGGCGCCGUUUCGCGCGAGAUUGGGUCGAAGGAGGAGUUCGCCUCGCCAUCCUUCAUCUUCGUACCUGGAGGUAGGCCGG